AUGGAAUCCAUGCCACCCGAUGCUUUCGACUCUCAUCCGACAAGUCCAUAUGCGGGACAAUUACACGGUGCAGGAAACCCCGACCUAGACAGUAUAAACGGAGUUACAGCUACUACAGCACCAUUCGUGAAGGUGGAUGAUCCACCUAAGUUUGAAUUGGAAUCGUAUAUUGCAAAUUAUACUGGCACGUGCUCCACAUAUCUCUCCGUCGAGGCCCUGAAGGCUGCGAUUGUCGAAGCCAAAUCAAGCAAAGAUGUUUCCCGAUACGAACGUGCAGUCCGUGCACUCGCCGAUGUUGCGCCAUAUGAGGCUGAAGCUACACCAGACAAGGAGUGGAUAGAUCGUACACGGAAGGUCGUCAAGGCGGAGACCGAUCGGCUGGAGCAUGAACUGAGAGGGAAAUUCCAGAUGGGCAAUGAAGACCUCGGACAGCACUACCAUCAAAUUGGUGACUUGGUGUCGGCUUCGAAGGCUUACUCUCGCAUGAGAGAUUACUGCACGACCCCAAGCCAUAUCGCGUCAAUGUUGUUUAAGAUCAUAAAUGUAGCCAUCGAGCGUGGGGACUGGCUGAGUGUCCAGUCUCAUGUGCAGCGGUUGCGCAAUCUACAGUCGAAACAAGAAGAACAGGCCAAGAACCAACCGAAGAUGUCAGCUGCAAUGGGUUUGUCGCAGUUGCACUCUGGCGCGUAUCUAGACGCUGCCAAUAGUUUCUUGAGCACAGACCCUACUUUAGGUGACUCGUACAACGAAGUGCUCACGUCCAACGAUGUUGCCGUUUAUGGUGGACUUUGCGCGCUUGCAUCCAUGGAUCGCAAUGAACUCCAGCGGCGCGUGCUAGACAAUAGUUCGUUCCGCAACUUCCUCGAGCUAGAACCCCAUAUCCGCCGGGCGAUUUCUUUUUUCUGCAAUUCAAAAUUUCGGCCAUGUCUAGAUAUCCUGGAGUCUUACCAAACCGACUACCUCCUAGACGUCCAUUUGCAACGUCACGUCAGCACUCUCUACACUCGCAUCCGAACAAAGUCUAUCCAGCAGUAUCUGGUUCCUUUCAGCCGUGUCAAGCUUGACACUCUGUCCAAGAUCUUCGCUCCCGGAGCUACCAGCGGGCAAGCUCAGCCUAUCCACUCCAAGUCUCCGUUUGUACAAGAAUUGAUCGGUCUCAUCCAAGAUGGUACCCUGGACUCUCGUAUUGAUUUGGAAAAGAUGGUACUGGUAUCAAAUCAAACUGAUAAACGGACAGAAGUGCAGGAAGCCGUGUUGGAGAGUUUAUCGAAUUAUAUUGAUGAGGCACAUAUAAGAGUACUGCGGACUAAUAUUAUCCGUGCAGGACUGGAAGUCCGCCCAUUAGGCGAUGAGCAGCGCAAGCAGGGGCAUGGGCCGAAGCAUUCACGACCGCCAACGGGGAUGUUCCAGUGA